GCAUUUAUCCGUGAACAAACGCAACUACUUCUAAAUUAUAAUUGUAUUGCAAAAACAACUCAAAUUUACUAAAAAAAAAACUUUAUUUUUGAAAAUUGCAUAAAAAAUGUCUGGCAUGUGUGUAAUUGGCGUCGCUGGAUUAGCUGUAAUGGGGCAAAAUUUCGCCAUUAAUUUUGCUGAAAAGGGUUUUAUGACAGCUGUUUAUAAUCGUACAACGUCAAAAGUAGACGAUUGCUUGAUUAAAGCUAGAAACGAGAACGUUUCCAACCUUCAUGGUUUCAAAAACUUAAGUGACUUUGUUAAUGCACUUGAAAAACCUCGAAAGAUUGUUAUAUUAAUUAAGGCGGGAUCACCUGUAGAUCAAUUUAUACAACUAAUCAUUCCAUACCUUGAUAAAGGCGACUUAUUAAUAGAUGCAGGGAACGAAUGGUAUAAAGAGUCAGAGAGACGCAUGAAGGAGUUAUCAAACAAGGGUUUCCGGUAUAUGGCCAUGGGUUUAAGCGGUGGAGAAGAUGGGGCUCGUCAUGGUCCUUCAUUAAUGCCGGGUGGAAGUAAAGAGAGUUAUGAACUAAUCAAAGACAUGCUUAAAAAAGUCGCAGCUCAAUCAAGCGCAGGGCCAUGUGUCAGUUACAUUGGUCCUCAAGGAGCUGGAAAUUAUGUGAAAAUGGUACACAACGGAAUCGAAUAUGGAGAUAUGCAACUCAUCUCAGAAACAUAUCAUUUAUUGAAGCAUUGCGGAAAUAUGUCAAAUAAUGAGAUUCAUGAAAUUUUUAAAAAAUGGAAUAAUGGAAAGCUUAAAUCAUUUUUGAUCGAAAAAACUGUACAAAUUUUUCAAACAAAGGAUAGCAUACAUGGAGGCUACCUUCUUGAUAAGGUUUUGGAUGUAGCUGGAUCGAAAGGCACCGGUGCAUGGACAGUUCAGGAAGCAGUCACACGACAAGUUCCAUGUCCUACUCUAAUAGCUGCUUUAACUUCUCGAUACGUGUCUGGAUACGAAGAACUAAGAAAAUUAUCGUCUUCUGCUUACGAUAGCACGAAAAGUUCAACAAAACAAAACGGAGUUAAUAAUCUAGAAUCUUUCAUAAACGAUUUGGAAGAAUCUCUUUAUUGCUCGAAAAUUUGUGCAUACAGUCAGGGUUUAAUGCUCUUAUCGGUUGCGUCAAAACAAGAAAAUUGGAACCUUGAUCUUGGAGAAAUCUCAAGAACGUGGAUGGGCGGAUGUAUAAUACAAGCUGAAUUUUUAAAGGAAAUUCGUGAGGCUUAUAAAGCAAAUCCUCAGUUACAAUUACUACUUUUAGAAAAAAGUUUCGCGGAACAAAUUAAACGCGGUGUUGCUGCAUGGCGUCGUGUGGUGCAAAUUGGAGUCGCCAAUGGUAUUUAUAUUCCUGCAUUCAGUUCAAGCUUAGCAUAUUUUGACUCUUUAAUAACAAAUCAGCUUUGUACAAACUUAAUACAAGCCUUGCGUGACGCAUUCGGAGCUCAUGGUUAUUAUCGUAACGAUGUUCAAGGUGGCCCAUUCCAUUCAUCCUGGUCCUAAUUAUAUAUUUAUUUAAAUCUAAUUACAUAAUAACAUUGUUUUGAAUUUCGAAAAAAUAUUACUUUUUUCUUUACUUAUGUUUUCUCUAUGAAGUACUUUGAUUUAAUUCAUCUGUUGUCUUUCUUAAAAAAAUAAUACGCUU